UGAAUUGACGAGCGUUUAGUUUAGAUUCUGUUGUAAUAACUGAAAGUCAACUGAAGUCAAGCAAUGUAUUCUGUGGCUUCUCAUCCUAUUUCCAUCUCAUUUAACCACCACCACCACCACCACCACCACCACCAUAACCUUACUCGUCACUACAAAACUAUUUCGAGUCCAAACUUCAACAACAACAACAAAAAUAAAAACCCUUUUCAUUCAUUUACAACUCCAAAAUCAUCCCUCUUAUCUUCUCCCACAAUCUCAACACAACAAAAUGAACCCAAACAACCUUAUCCUCUCCAACAUUUUCACAACCUAUGCAACGCCGGAAACCUCAACGAAGCCUUUAACUUCCUUCAAUCAAAUCUGAACGACGUCGUUUCCUCUUCUAAUCUUAAACCAGAAGAACUCAUUGGUAUCUUACUACAAGCAUGUGGACGCAACAAAAACAUCCAAGUUGGAAGAAAAAUUCACGACUUUGUUUCCUCUUCGCCUCGUUUCAAAAACGACGUCGUUCUCAUCACUCGCAUUGUUACUAUGUACUCCAACUGUGGCUCUCCUAAUGAUUCCCGUUUCGUCUUUAAUUCUUCCUUGAAAAAGAAUCUCUUCCUCUGGAACGCGCUUCUCAGUUGUUAUUCCAAGAACGCGCUUUUCUACGACGCGGUUUUUAUGUUUGUGGAGUUAAUUUCUUUGGCUGAGUUUUCGCCGGAUAAUUUCACGUUACCGUGCGUUAUUAAGGCGUGUGCGGGGCUCUCUGAUGUUAAACUUGGUGAAGCAGUUCAUGCGUUUGCGUUGAAGACGAAGCUUUUCUCUGAUGUGUUUGUUGGGAAUGCGUUGAUUGCUAUGUAUGGGAAGUAUGGGUUUGUGGAGAGUGCUGUUAAGGUGUUUGAGAAAAUGCCUGACAGAAACUUGGUUUCGUGGAACUCGAUUAUGUAUGCUUAUUCGGAGAAUGGUGUAUUUGAAGAUGGUUUUUGUUUAUUUAAGGGGCUGUUACAUGGUGAAGAAGGUUUGGUUCCUGAUGUUGCUACAAUGGUGACAGCGAUACCUAUGUGUGCUGCUCAAGGUGAAGUGAAAUUAGGGAUGGUGUUUCAUGGAUUAGCUUUGAAACUUGGCCUUUUUGGGGAAUUGAAGGUGAAUAAUUCCCUCAUUGAUAUGUAUUCAAAAUGUGGUUACUUGUGUGAAGCGCAGGUUUUGUUUGAUAUUAAUCAGGAGAAGAAUGUUGUUUCUUGGAAUUCUAUGAUUGGGGGAUACUCUAAGGAAGGAGAUUUUCGCGGAACGUUUGAGUUGCUAAGGAAGAUGCAGAUGGAAGAGAAGUUUAAGGCGAAUGAGGUGACACUGUUGAAUGUUUUGCCAGUUUGUGCGGAGGAGAUACAGUUUUUGAAAUUGAAGGAGAUUCAUGGUUAUGCUUUAAGGCAUGGAUUCCUUCAGAAUGAUGAAUUGGUUGCCAAUGCUUUUGUUGCUGGAUAUGCUAAGUGUGGUUCACUGGAUUAUGCUGAGGGUGUGUUCUGUGAUAUGGAGUCGAAAUCAGUAAGUUCUUGGAAUGCAAUAAUUGGCGGUCAUGCUCAGAAUGGUUUUCCCAGAAAGGCUUUGGAUUUUUACCUUUUGAUGAGAGAUUCUGGCUUGGAUUUUGAUUGGUUUACAAUAGGUAGCCUUCUCUCGGCUUGUGCUCGCCUGAAAUCCCUACCCUAUGGGAAAGAGAUUCAUGGUUUUAUGUUGCGUAAUAGUUUGGAAUUGGAUGAAUUCAUUGGGAUAUCAUUAGUGUCGCUUUAUGUUCAAUGUGGGAAUAUGUUACCGGCAAAAUUGUUUUUUGAUAAUAUGGAAGAGAAAAGUUUGGUGUGCUGGAAUACUAUGAUUAAUGGCUUUUCACAAAACGAGCUUCCUUGUGACGCCCUUGAUAUCUUUCGUCAAAUGCUUUCAAGUAAAAAUCAGCCUGAUGAGAUUUCCGUAAUAGGCGCUCUAGGGGCUUGUUCGCAGGUGUCGGCGCUGCGACUAGGAAAAGAACUUCACUGCUUUGCAACGAAAGCUCAUCUCACAGAGGACAGCUUUGUUACUUGUUCAUUGAUAGACAUGUAUGCAAAAUGUGGAUGCAUGGAACAAUCACAGAACAUAUUUAACAGCGUAUACCAGAAAGACGAAGCAUCAUGGAAUGUUUUAAUUACAGGAUAUGGAAUUCAUGGACAUGGACUGAAGGCUAUAGAGCUGUUUAAAUCAAUGCAAAAUUCUGGCUGCAGACCAGAUUCUAUCACGUUUAUAGGAUUGUUAAUGGCUUGUAACCAUGCAGGUUUAUUGACAGCAGGAUUAGAGUAUCUUGGUCAGAUGCAGAGUUUGUUUGGUAUAAAGCCAAAAUUAGAGCAUUAUGCAUGUGUGGUUGAUAUGCUUGGUCGCGCAGGACGAUUGAACGAAGCUAUGAAGCUUGUGAAUGAUAUACCAGACGAACCAGAUUCCGGGAUAUGGAGUUCGUUGCUCAGUUCGUGCAGAAUUUAUGGGGAUUUAGAUAUUGGAGAGGAAGUUGCUAAAAAGUUAUUAAAAUUGGGACCAAACAAAGCUGAGAAUUAUGUAUUGGUAUCAAACUUGUAUGCUGGAUUAGGAAAAUGGGAUAAGGUGAGAGAAGUAAGGCAGAGGAUGAAGGAUAUUGGGCUUCAGAAAGAUGCAGGUUGCAGUUGGAUUGAAAUUGGAGGAAAGGUUUAUAGAUUUCUUGUUGGUGAUGGAUAUCUUUUGGAAUCAAAGAAAAUUCAGCAGACUUGGAUUAGAUUGGAGAAGAAAAUAAACAAGAUUGGAUAUAAACCCGACACAAGUUGUGUGCUUCAUGAACUAGAAGAAGAGGAAAAGGUUAAGAUACUUAGGAGCCAUAGUGAGAAGCUUGCAAUUUGUUUUGGUUUAUUAAAUACUGCUAAAGGCACCACAUUGAGGGUUUGCAAAAAUCUACGCAUUUGUGUAGACUGUCACAAUGCUAUUAAGUUAGUAUCCAAGGUUGAUAAAAGGGAAAUUAUUGUAAGGGACAACAAGCGUUUUCAUCAUUUCAAAAAGGGAUUGUGUAGCUGUGGAGAUUACUGGUAGUUGAGUGACUAUGUUGGUUUUCAAAUUAUCAAUCAAUCAAUAAUCUUGACAACAAGAGUCUUUAAAAAAUUACUGUAGAAUUCAAAAUCUGGUGUAUCGGUAGUUUUUGAACUUUUUGGUGUAUGAUAAUUAUUUACGUGAUAUUUUUAUUUUUUUGCAGCUUUGCAGGUCUGACCUUUUUUUUUUGUCAAACCGGCGGUGUCAGAUGCGGUGUCAGUGCAGCUAUUUUCUUCCCCUAUCUUCUUCACGCUAUCCAUUGGAUUACAACUAUUUUCCCUCCUAGAAUUUAGGGAAAGUGAAUGAAUUUUGAAUUUUGAAAAAUUUCACGAAUAUUUUAAUCAUAGCUCCUUCUAUAAAUUGGCAUAGAGGCUGGGUUUAGUUUGCUUCCAAUCUUUCAUACCUAAAUCGUAUUUAACCUUACUGAUGGAGAAAAUAGGGAAUGAAAAUACCAAGUUUGAUGCUUUGGGUUCAAUUUUGCCUGGAAGAGAAGAAUGGCGUAUCAAGGUUCGUGUGAUUCGCAUGUGGAAGGUGCCUGGGUUCUUGAAUCCGUCUGAAACAAAUUCUAUUGAAAUGGUUCUGGUCGAAAAGGUAUGUAGAUGACUGAAAUUUGAUGAAUGAAUGUUAAUUUUGAUUAAGUAUUUCUUUUAUUUAUGGUGUAUGAUAUUUUUGAUGGGAUAAAACUCUUCAAUUUAUAUUGUACAUGUUUGAAUCAAAGAUUGAAGAAGGUGGUGUAUAUGAAUUUUUGUUUUUGUCUGUUUCUCCUACAACUGGCUUUUAUCGAACAACCCUGCAUCCAUACAAAAUAUUUCUCCAGAUUAGGAUGAAAGUUAAGGUUUCCCCAAAUUCAGGGAUGUGUGAAUAUGGUUAACCUUGACAGAUUUUGGUGAUGUGCUGGCUCAUACUCAUGACUAUGAGCAUCUGGUUGGUUAGUAAUUUCUUUGAAUGUGUGAUAAUGUUUUGGUUGAUUCGGGUACAUUGUCAUGAUGACUGUUUUUAUUUUUUUCAUGUUAAAUGUAAUUGGUUUGAUGACUGGAAGGUCUGCUGAAAAGGAGUACAUAAGGGAUGGGAAGAUAACAAAAAUGAUUUUGGUUGAGCUAACUGACCAUAGUGGCAAGAUUGAGUGUGCCCUCUUUUGGUGAUUAUGUUGAGGUUUUGAAGAAAAUGAUGGGAAAAAGUUCUGUUGGCUUGCCGGUGGUGGUUGUGCAAUUUGCUAAAGUGAAGCUUUUUAGGGAGAAAGUGUCGAUUCAAAACGUCAUUGAUACUACUAGCUAGGCUUUUUGUGAACCCUAAUAUAACUGAAGCAGAGGUGUUUAAGAAUAGGUUUUGUCCAAGUGCUGUCCAAAUUUAGCAGUAAACUGGGAGUAAUUUAGGCCUCCUACUUCAAGAGUUCCAUUGGAAUAGUUUAAAGGUCGUGAAAUUUGAGGGUGUUAGUUAUCCAGUAUAACCUAUAUGAGGUUGUAUAUUGAAUGUCAUUCACUCAUCCAGUUUAGAAAUUUAUGUUAUGGUUUAAUAUUUUGUAAGAUUAGGCUAAUCAAAAUAUUUCAACCCUCUUUACUUCCUAUUUA